AGGAAGGGGAGGGAGUAUUCGACCCCUGCGUCAACCGGCACGUCGUGGCACAGCUGGUGGGGUGGGGUUCGAAUGUCGACUUCUCCCCAAUCGUCGGCAUGGGCAUGGCCGGGAGGUACAUGGUCAAGUAUACCACCAAGGGAGAGUCUCGGAGCAGGGACGUGCAGACAACGCUCGCGACCUUGUUCGCCACGCCGCUACCCUGGACGCCGACGACGACGACAGGCUUACGUUGCCUUCGAUCAUGCGAAAGGUCCUCAACAUGGCGACGACGAGGCGAGACAUGGGCGUGCAGGAGGUUCAGCACCUCAACCUACAGACCCACAACGUCCUCCACAACGUCGAGUACGUGAGGGUGUAUACCGAGCAGACUUCUGUCGAAGUUGAGAGCGCCGGGGCCGACGGGGGACUUCGACCAGUGCGGGACCUGCUCCUUGCGUACUCCCGUCGCAUGGAUCAAGACGCGUGGGUUCCCAUCCAUGGAGGAAGGCCCCAGCAGGACGCGGUCCUCGAGGAGAUGAACUACUGCACGUUCGCCGCCACGUACAAGCUAACGCGGGAGAAGAAUAUUACGACUCACAUCCGAAGUAACCGCGUCGUCUCCUUCCAUGCCAUCUUCUCCCACAGCCCUACCAGCCCGAAGUACGCCGACUACUGCCACAGCCACCUUGUGAAGUACUGCCCGUUGCGUGGCCCUCUGCACAACGGGUGGGACAGCGAGGAAGGAGAGGAGGCUACCACACAGGACGCUGCUGCCAGGCAAAACAUGAUAGACGCGUGGAGGACGUGGGCCACCGAAGUUCAGGCGAUGCCGUUGGGACAACAACCGCGUGGUUUCUCGGCGCGAGACCUCCAGGCGGACCGCCGACGCCGAGGCCGCCGCAGCGGGGAGGGUAGCGGAGGUGAGCCCCACGAAGGCGACGGGGAAAGGAAGGAGAACGACGAUGAACCCCCCAACCUCGACGGCCUGCACGGAAACGGAUUGCAGGGGGGGGCUGGGGACGAUGACCUAGAUCGGCGGUGGAGCGACGGCCGCGACGGCAACAACGUCGACUGGGGCCAGGCGGGUUGGGCCCAGGCACAAGGAGUGCGGGAAGACUCCACUACCUGGGUGAAGGACUCUGCUGGUGCCGCGGCUGCCGGCCCCGCCUCCACAGAAGCGGCUGUGCUUCCGGUACCAGUCCUCAACGAGAAGCAGGCUCUCGCUGUAACACUGGUGAGAGAUCACGCGGCGAGCCUCGACUCCUACCGAGAAGCCGUCCGCGUGAGCCGCAGAGACAACAGCGCCAGGGCCGCGCACCCCCCCCUGCCGGCGCCUCCGAGUCCUCUCCGUUUGCUGCUCACGGGGACGGCGGGCACCGGCAAGACGGUUGUCAUUCGGGAGAUGGUGAGGUUGGUGGGACAGCAGCGGUUCAUCCUCAUGGCUCCAACGGGGAACGCUGCUUGCGCCAUCGGAGGAAUGACCAUCCACGGCGGUUUCAGGAUUCCCGUCGUCCAGAGCAACCGGUCUUCGGACCCCAGCCGCAUGACCGAAGCAGCUCUCAGGGACCUGCAGGAGCGCAUGGCUGAGGUCGAUUUCAUCCUCGUCGACGAGUUCUCCAUGGUGGGUCAGGACAUGCUCGGCCUCAUGAGCGCGAGGGGAAAACAGGCCGUGGAGGGGCGGAGGGGAGAUGGAAUAGAGGACUUCCGCCAAGACGUAUUCGGAGGCCUGAGCAUCAUCCUCGUCGGCGACCCAGCACAGCUUCCUCCGGUCGGGGCUAGCCCGUUGUGGAAACACAAUCCUUCCACGGGCGGCCUCAGCAUGCAAGGACUGCAAGCGUGGCUGUCGAUGAACAACGCCGUCGAGCUCACGCAGGUCAUGCGCCAGCAAGGUCCGGAGCAGGCCGCCUUCCGCGACACACUACUGCGUAUCGCCGAGGGCAUGCAGACCGCAGACGACUGGGACGUACUCAAGCGAAGGUUCAUCGCCGCGGUGGGGGCUGCAGAACGCGAAACCUUCGACGACGCUGUUCACAUCUUCCCCACGAACGCCCUCGCCGACGACUGGAACUGGCGGCGGUUGAACUCUCUAGGAACCCCCAUCGCGAGAAUCAACGCCACUCACACCAUCCACGGCUACAACGCGGUGUCCUCCGAAAGGUUCAGGGGCUUGCAAUCGCACAUCUUCCUCGCCAUCGGCGCGCGUGUGUUCGUCAACAACAACGUUUGGGUCUCUGCCGGCCUUGCCAACGGAGCCGUCGGGGAAGUGGUGCACAUGCAGUGGGCAGAGGGCCAAACGCCGCCACAACUGCCGGAGGUCGUGUGGGUUCGCGUGGAGAACUACCGGGGUCCUCAAUACUUCGAGCAACCACUCCGGAGGGACUGGGCCGACGGCGAAAUUGACCUCACGAACCUCUGCCCCAUCGCCCCCAUGGACGUCAUGGAUGAUCAACCACCCACGGGUCGCCGGAGAGGUGACGGCACCUCCAUCGCCCGCUGCUUCCGGAUGCAGUUGCCCUUGAUGCUCGCCUUCGGUAUCACCAUCUACAAGAGUCAGGGCAACACCUUGCUACGCUGCUUCUUGGACAUCGGAGCAAGCGAGAGGAGCGACGGACAAUCCUUCACUGCCUUCAGCCGGUGCCGUACGCUGGAGAACAUGCUCCUCGAGCCCUUCUCCCUUGAGCGCUUCCUCAAAAUAGGCGACAGCCGUUCCUUCCAGUCACGACUCAACGCCAUCGACCACGUGCGGACAGUCGAGAACCGUACACGUCGUCAGCAUGGCUUGCCGCCCAUCGUCAGAACCGCUCGGCCCCCGAGGACACGACGGAGGGCGGGCCGCGGAGGAGGGGGGCGAGGAGAUGGGGGGAGGCAGGGGGGAGUGCAAGGCGGCCGUGGUGGACGGGGUCGCGGGGGGCAGGGCCGAGGCCGGCGUGGGACGGAGAGGCCAGACCUUUCUAUCCCUCCAGCCGUCGUUUCGUGGGAGGUAUACGCGGUUCGCCAAAUGCAGAACUCCCACACAGACUCCUGGGUGUACGUACCCUUCCUCCUCGACGCUUUUGGCGUAGAUCGAUAUGUUAUCUUCGAUAAGCCAGCCUGGUGGGAUUCCGCCGUGGCAGCCUGUGCUGUCGCCCUCCAGGACGCCGGCCAACACCCAGAAGGAAAUGUCAAGGACUUGCGAACCUGCGCGCAGCGUAAAGAUGGAGUGGACGCGUAUGGGAGUAACUACGUUACCGCCUCCAGACAGAGUCAACUCAUAGAGGGUCACCCGAUCGGUCAAGGGCUAGGCCUGAUGGUGGUCGCCGGGCGGAACGCAAUUGAGGUGGCCAAGCAACAGCUCCAACUGCCGAGAGUAACCGCCGCCCAAGUUGGCCCAGCAGUCGCACCCACCUUCAUGGCCUGAGCUUUUUCGUUGUCGUGCUGGCUUUGCACCGUAUGUAGUUAGGUGGGUCUUCAUGACAUUGUUUAGGCAACAUGCCUCUCGCGAGGUGUGAUACGCGUGCACCUCGUCUUGGGGGGCGGGAGGAGCGUUAAUCUGGACAACCAAGCACGCGUCGUUUGCAGUGUUUGUCUGUCUGUGUGUGUGUCUGUCUGUAGGUUUCCUUCCGCGUAUGUGUAUGAUGUACCCACUUCGGGGGGGCCGGCGGGGUUGGUGCGAACAAGAUAAUAAUGACGACGGUCCUGACUUUGCCUCAACGGCAUCACACACGAGCCAGCCAAUAAACAGACGCACGAGCCUACUGCAGGGGCGUGAAAAAUUCGCCAUGGCUGUCUGUCUGUCUGUCGGGUGUCUGCGCGCCCUAAAUACCCAGCAGACUCGAGCCCAUUUCACCAUCUCGGCACCAAAUUGCAAACUAAAACUUGCGCACAACAAGUAAUAUUUUGCCCGAGCUGUCCCAACCGCUACCUUUGCAAUCCGUGGUCGGUGUCUCGAGAUAGCACACCGUUUGUGCAAAUAUAUAUGUCACAUGGACGCAUCCCCGGGAGGCGUCGUCAUUUUUGUUUUUCUUUGGGCAACAAACUACACGCACGCAAGAAACCACGACGCACUGCCGUGCUGCACACACUGCUGCUGCUACUGGCAAGACACGCACUACACAGAGACAGGGAACAUGGACAAGGGGGGCGGGACACACACACAUACUGCUGUUGGCGACGGCGGAGGAAGCGGGGAACGUUUGGUUGGUCUGGGGUUCAUUCAUCGCUGAUGAUGUUGUUGCUGUUGUCUCCGUUGUUUGUUGUUGUUGUUCAACGCUGCCGGCCUUUUUUUCGCCUUUUUUUCUCUGGAGAGAGAGGGAGUCCCACCAACCAGCGUGUGUUGCACACACCACACAGCGAGAGCGGGACGGGAGCAGGGUGUGCCCUAUACUACUGCUGCUGCUAGCUUUCGGCGGAGGAAGCGAGAGGAGAGAUAUUGAUUGGGUCUCUGUGGGUCCAUCGGUUGGUUGUUGUUAUUGUGUUGCGACGCGGCGGGAGGGAGCGGCCUCUGACUCUGCUCUGGAGAGAGGCACACAUACAUCACAGCACGGGACCAGUAACACAUCACGCUCGUUCCUAGACGAU